UCAAGAUUGGAAGGCGGGAGUAGAUUGUAAUUUGAAACAGGGUACUUCAGGUAGGCCUUGAAAAAAUGGCAUAUAAGCAAACACUUGAAAGAGGCAGGGUUCCAUUAGCCAUGGCGAUGGCUUGAGGUGGAGGGGAUGACCGGUGGCAAAGGCCCUAAGAUGGAAAUGUGCCUAAAAUGGAAGAGAAAAAAGGUCAAUGUGGCUGAAGAGGAUUAUAAUUUAUAAUUAUAGAGUGAGGGAAAGAAUAGUAGGAAGGAGGUUAGAGGUAAUAGGCACAUCUUAUAGAGCUUUGUAUGCCACUGUAAGGACUUCAGCUUUUAUUUUAAGUAAGAUGGAGCCAUUGCUGGGUUUUGAGCAGAGAUGAAAUUAUCCAGCUUAAGUUUUUGUUUUUUGUGGGGGUUUUUUUGAAGAUUUUAUUGAGAUAUAUUCACUUACAUAUAUUCCAUCCAAAGUAUACGAUCAAUAUCUCACAGUCCAACUUAAGUUUUAAAACGACCACUGACUGCUGACUUGAGAAGAGACAGGAGGAAGGCAAGGAAAAAUGCACGGAGGCCAAUUAGGCUACUGCAGUAAGGAAGGGAGGGAAGGGAAUGAUAGGGCUUGGACCAGUGGAGGUAAUGACAAGGGAUAUAUUAACAUUUUCAGUUUGUCUGUCUGUCCUCCCUUCUCUCCCACAGAUGCCUCAGUUCCUUAGUGAUUCUAUCUUGUUGCUGUAGUUACAUCCUUCUCUUUUCCCUUUGCCAAGUAUGCAGGAAAACGAGGUGUGAAAUCACUUUUGGCUUAAGGCUGCUGCUGAACCCCAAAUCCAGGGCAAUACUUGACAUCCAUCAAGCCAAAUAGAAGCUUCCCUGCAGACCAGGCAGGGCCCUUUGGCUGGCACUGCCAAGAUUUGUGUGCCCAAAGAAGGCUGGGGCCUUUGGGAGCCACUUCAAAACUUGUCCAGGCAAAGCCAGAACUGGCUUUGGAAAUUGGAUCUGACCACCAGAGAAGAAACCUGGACAGUGGUGGAAGAUUAUAAAAGAAAGCUGGGUAAAAAGAUGCAGCAGGUAAAAGAAUGAGGUUCUGUGAUACAUCCCCAGGAGGAAGAAGGAGAAGUGAGUUUAGAAGUGGAGGAAAGCAGUGGGAGUAGUAGUGGGCCUAGAUUGACCUUGUGGAGGUCUUUCCCUUCUGGACAUUAUUUUUCCUGGAUGACCUGGUGAUCAUUAAGGCUUUAUAAUUAUAGAGUUGAGGCAUACCUUGGAGAUAUUGUGGGUUUGGUUCCAGAGCAGCACAAAAAAGCAAAUAUCACAAUAGUGAGUCACACGAAAUUUUUGUUUCCCAGUGCAUAUAAAAUUUAUGUUUAUACUAUGCUGUAGUCUAUUAAAGUGUGCAACAGCAUUAUGUCUUUAAAGAAAAGCAAGUACAUACCUUAAUUAAAAUGUGACACAGAGACAGAGUGACCACAUGCUGUUGGAAAAAUGGCUCCAAUAGAAUUGAUCCACAGGGUUGACACAAACCUUCAAUUUGUAAGAAAAAAAUGCAGUAUCUGCAAAGUGCAAUAAAAUGAAGUGCAAAACAAGGUAUGCCAGUAAUUUGAUGCCAUUCCAUUUUUCAUAAGGUGUGUUAGGAAAUAAGUCCCUGAUUUUCUGUCUCUCCCCUUUUGGUAUUUCUGGUAGACAGCGUCCAUGAACAAAUUUUGUGAUUUGUUGUAGCUUCCUAUAUAUUUUCCUCACCUCCCUAACCUCCCCAAUUUCAUAUGUGCCCUACAAUAGGUUGUGCUGUCAGAUGAGAGCCCAGGACCACCAAGCCAAGUGCUUUGGACCCCUGAUACCUGGCUCCUGCCGGACAGAGUCCUACUACCUCCUCAGCAUCCUAUCUUUGCCAAAAAUGGAAGUCGAGGAAACCUGUCAGGAGCAGAAAUCACAUUGAUGGCCCAGGCCCAAGGAACUAUGGGGUUUUCUCCAGGACAGCAAGAACAUGUUGUUUCAGGAGUCAGUGACAUUUGAGGACAUAGCUGUGACCUUCACUGACAGGGAAUGGCAGUGUCUAACCCACGCUCAAAGGCAUCUCUAUAAAGAUGUGAUGUUGGAAAAUUAUGGGAACAUAGUAUCACUUGGAUUUCUAUUUCCUAAACCACCUUUGAUCUCCCUUCUGGAGCGAGAGGCAGAGCCCUGUGUUCAAGACCCACAGGACAGGGAGUCCCUGAGCUGCUCCUACCCAGUGUCAACUGACAAGAUAUGGUCUCAGAAUGUGAAGGCAAAUUCAGAACAAGAAGUUAUUGAAAACGGAGAAUCCUCUUGGAUGAAAUUUAAAAGUCCCCUAGAAGUUGUUUCCCAAGAUCCUGAGGUUGGAGAAGUUUGUGUACAGGAUGUCAAAUUAGAGAAUCAAUGGGAAAUGCCCACAAGGGAGAAACUGAGAGAAGAGAAAAAAGGCUCCGAAAAAGUGACCAUCAAGAAUGGAAAAAAACAGAAGGUACUUAGAAAAAACUUCAGUCCAAACUCAAAAUGUAUUCCAUAUAAUAGAUUUCCUACAGAACAGAAACUCCACAAAUGUGCCAAAUGUGGCAAAAACUUCAAUUGGCAUUCAGACCUAAUUCUCCAUGAGCGAAUUCACUCUGGUGAGAAGCCCUAUAUGUGUAAUGAGUGUGGAAAAGCAUUCAAAACCAGAAAUCAGCUUUACAUGCAUCAGAUAAUCCACACAGGGGAGAAACCUUUUAACUGUAUCCAGUGUGGAAAGGCCUUUAAUAGUAGGUCAGCUCUUUGCCGACAUAAAAAAAUCCAUAGUGGGGAGAAGCCUCAUGAGUGCAGUGACUGUGGGAAGGUUUUCAAAACCAGGAACUGUCUCAGUAUGCAUCAGAUCAUACACACUGGGAAGAAACCUUAUGAAUGUAAUGACUGUGGUAAAGCCUUCCAGUUUAGACAUUCUCUUACCAUUCAUGGCAGAAUCCACACUGGGGAGAAACCAUUUGAAUGUGAGGAGUGUGGGAAGGCCUUCAGCGGGAGCUCAGACCUCACCAAACACACAAGAAUCCACACUGGUGAGCGACCUUAUGAGUGCAAUGAGUGCGGGAGGGCUUUCAGUCGGAGCUCAGACCUAAGCAAACACAAAAGAAUCCACAAUCAGGAGAAAAACUAUAAGUGCCUCCAGUGUGGAAGAGCAUUCAGUUUCAAAGGAGAGCUCACCAGACAUAGACGAACCCACACUGAAGAGAAGCCUUACAAGUGCGAGGAGUGUGGGAAAGCCUUUCGUCAUAACUGUAAACGCAGGGCUCAUGAACAAGAACACACUGGGAAGAAGCCCUAUCAAUGUGGGGAAUGUGGGAAAACUUUCCAGGAUCGGCACUGUCUUACCAUCCAUCAAAGAAUCCACACUGGAGAGAAACCUUUUAAUUGUUUGGAAUGUGGCAGAGCUUUCAGUGGGAAGUCAAACUUAACCAAUCAUCAAAGAAUCCACACUGGAGAGAAACCUUACAAAUGUGAAGUGUGUGGAAAGGCCUUUCAUCAUAGUUCAGUCCUGAGGCAACACAAAAGAAUACACACUGGUGAGAAGCCAUAUACGUGCAAUGAGUGUGGCACAUCUUUCCGUCAGUGCUCAGCUCUAAUUGGACAUAAGAGGGUUCAUACUGGGGAGAAACCUUAUGAAUGUGAGGAGUGUGGAAAAACUUUCAGAGUAAGCUCAAAUCUUACUGGACAUAGAAAAAGAAAACAUAGAAUAUGGAGAACUCAAAGAUGUGGUAAGAAUAGGAAAUCCCUUUCUCCAGUAACCGCUUCCCACGCUUUAUCUGUAGGCCAUAUUUUGACCACCAGUACUUGAGAGUAACACUUCUGGUGUUUACCAGAACUUUCCCAUUUCUCCUUCUACCUCUUAGACUGAUCCUGCCAAGUGUCCUAGAUUGAUUCUUCCUAAUUCCUUGACCCGUAAUUGUGAGAUACCCAAGGCUUUGCCCUUGACUUUUCUAGCCAGUAUUUAUUUUUUCAUUGAGCACAUUCACUUCCAAGGCUGUCUGUCACUCAAUAAUAGUAUUAAAUUCUUAGUCGUACUUUGCACCAGAAACUGUUCUCAGAGCUUUACACAUUUUAACUUAUUUAAUCCAUAAAACAUCCCUAUGAGAUGAGGAAAUUGAGGCAUAGAAAGAUUAAGAAGCUUGCCCAGGAUCACAUUACUAGUAAAUUCUGUGCAAAUGACUCCCAAAUGCUCAGACUUACCUAGGCAAUUUCCAUGUGCCUGACCAUAUCUUUUGGAUGUGAAGGUGUACCUCAGUUCAGCACAAAACAUUUUUUUAUUAAUAGCAUUGAUCACUUUUAGCUGUUUUUUGGUUUGUUUUUUGUUUUUGUUUUUUUUUCUUGAAUCCUGAAUGGCCCUUCUCCAUAUGGGAUCAGGAUUGUUGAGAUUCGGGGAGCGGGUGGGGGAGGUGGGUAGACAGAGGAAGGGCAGAUUUAAAAAUUAUAGAUAAGUAGAAUUCAGCUGUAUGUUGCUUAUAUAGCAGUUUACAUAUGGAAAGAGCAUGAAGCCUACCCCAGUUUAAAGUUAUAAAUACACCAAAACUUUUUCUAAUUGUUAAUUUCUUAAAUAUUUGCUAUCUCUAUUUGCAUGACAUAUAAGAUGCUCUUUCAAAUUUCUUAGUAAAUUUAUAUCGUUUUAAGUCUAACAGCAUUUCCUGUAUCCAUCCUUUCUCUUCCACAAGUUACUUCCUUAUCAGGUCCUUAUAGUAGGCAGAAUUAAUGCCCACACUACUGUUAAAAUAGAAAUUGAAAAUACUAGAAGAGGGUUCAAAUGUAUUGGCUUAAUUAACAUAAUGAUAUUUAAAUUUAUCUCUGAGUUCCCUGGCUGAUAAAUGAGAUGAACAAUAAGUCACCCAGCAUUUCUCAAAGGUGUUUUACAAGUUAGUGUUUUUUAAAAAUGGCAAGUUUGAGAAAUGCUGACUACAUAUUUUGGGAUUUUUUUUAACCCCCUCAAAGACUUCUUAGGGCUUAUGAUACACUAAUAUCCAUUCUGAAUCUUAAGCAAGGGAGCUAUAACAAGUAUUGCUUUUCAAAAGUAUUUGGCCACAGAACCCUGUCUGGGGGGAGUGUGCUGGUUUGAAUGUAUUAUAUCCCCCAGAAAAAAGCCAUAUUUGAUGUAAUCUUGUGUGGGCAGACAUAUCAGUGUUAAUUAGAUUGCAGUUCUUUGAGUGUUUCCAUGGAGAUGCACC